AUGGUGACUACUCGUGAUUCCCAAUGCGAUUCAGUCGAGUAUUCUGAUGUCCCGGUCAUUGUGUGCACUAUGACCUGGGUUGGUGGAGGCCUUGAUAUCCUUGCUUGCGAGAAGCUGAAUCCUGAUGUACUUCUUCCAUACAUCUCCCCCUGUUAUUUGCAAUGUAUUGCAAAUCUUCUGAACGCAUGGUUCAGAUCUUUGAGUCUAGCAAUUCCCGAGUCACUUCGAUCCCAAAUCCACAGCGCCGGCGGAGGACCCCAGCGCCGGCUGGCGGGCCGCAUCACCGGCGGAGAGAAGAUCUCCCGCCGCGCCCCUCCUGGAGGAGGAGUCACCGCGGAGGUGGGUGCCGGGCGCAACGCCGUUGUAGGCGCCAUCCGCGAGCGCGAGCGCUGCUGCUGCGCGGCCGGAGCGGCUGCUCGACGGCUUACUCUCCAGCGGGACCGCGAGGGCCCCGGGGCGGCGGCGCGCGCCUGUGCGCCGCGAAGGCGGAGGAGUGGUGGGUGUCUGGGACGGUGCGGCAGCUUCGGCAUCGACUGCCGCGGCCCAACAGGAGCCGUUCACGCCGGAGCCAUAGAUGAAGACGAAGGCCCCGGCCGGCACGGACACGAAGGCGAGCGCGUGACAGGCGGCGACCUCGACGACCACGGAGGUCGGAGAUGGCAGCGGCGCGGCCUCGUGCUCGUCGUGUUGUCGUCAAGGACGACGAUGUCGUUCCCCGGCGCUGCGCUCAACCGUCGCGUGCUCCGCGUUGGGAGCCGCCACCGUCUCGGACUGCAGCAGGCCACUGAGCCAUGGUCGCGCGCAGAAGGGCGGUCUUGGCUGCGUGCAAGAGGGCGCGUGGCCGGGCCGCAGGGCGGCCGGCGUAGCGCGGCGCACGGGAUCGGGGCGCGGAGGCCGGCUGGUCGACGUCGCCAAGGCCGUAGGCAGUCCGCCGGUUGGAGCCGCUUCAGCGAAGGUUCGGGCGGAGCACCACCAUGUUGUGGAGCGCCAAGCCGUUGGCGGCCGCCUUCGGGAGCGUCGGCGCUCCACACAUCGGGGUCGCCGUUGGUCUGCACGUCUCCGCGUGAUGGAUGUAGGCGGUGGAGAGGACCGCCGCCGCCAGCCGUGGCUGGCCUCGGGCGCCACCAUGCCAUGCGAGAGCUGUGGUCUCAGGCACAGCCGCCACGCGUACGCGACCGACCGCGGGAGCGGCCGUGGCGCGGGUAGCCAUGGGCUCCCGCCACUGCUCUGCCGGAGGUCUCCGUGGAGGAGCAGCCAAGGCGCAUGGACGGGGGCACCGCUAGCGAUGUGAUGAAAAGCAGCAGCAAUUGCCGCUCGAUCCAGUGCAAGAAAUCACUCCGGAAGAUGAAAUAGAGAUCUUUGAUUGAUGGCAAGAGCACGCUGGCAGGCUGCAGACGCCUUUCGUCGCCUUUGCGCCGGAUGACCAGGCCCCCGCGAGUUCUUGUCGUCGCUGUGCAUCCUCGCCGGCCUCAUUUUGAUCGGUAGAGACAACGUGGCUGAUAACGUGUGAAGAAUCGAUUGUAAAGGAACAAGAGAAUCGAACAAAUGAUUGAAUCGGUUGCCUUUAUUGAUGAUUGACAUGCUAUUUAUACAAUGGGAACCGUCUUCGCCUCA